GACUGUGACCGCUCUUACGAUGGAGGGAAGCCGGCUGACGAAAGUAUCUCGACCCUACAAGAUCAGCGAGUCUUCAAAGGUGUACCACUGGGCUGAGCACUCGACCACAGUGCUGCAGCGGCUGAAUGAGCAGCGUCUGCGGGGCCUCUUCUGUGACAUCGUCCUGGUGGCCGACGAGCAGCGCGUGCCGGCCCACCGCAACCUGCUGGCCGUGUGCAGCGACUACUUCAACUCCAUGUUCACCCUGGGCAUGCGCGAGGCCUUCCAGAAGGAGGUGGAGCUGAUCGGCGCCUCCUACAUCGGCCUCAAGGCCGUGGUGGACUUCCUGUACGGCGGGGAGCUGGCCCUGGAUGGCGGCAACAUCGACUACAUCCUGGAGACGGCCCACCUGCUGCAGAUCUGGACUGUGGUGGAUUUCUGCUGCGAGUACCUGGAGCAGGAGGUGAGCGAGGACAACUACCUGUACCUGCAGGAGCUGGCCUCCAUCUACAGCCUCAAGCGGCUGGACGCCUUCAUCGACGGCUUCAUCCUGAGCCACUUCGGCACACUGUCCUUCACCCCCGACUUCCUGCAGCACGUCUCCAUGCAGAAGCUCUGCGUGUACCUGAGCAGCAGCGAGGUGCAGCGGGAAUGCGAGCAUGACCUGCUGCAGGCGGCCCUGCAGUGGCUGACGCAGCAGCCGGAGCGAGAGGCCCACGCCUACCAGGUGCUGGAGCACAUCCACUUCCCGCUCAUCCCCAAGAGCGACCUGCUGCACCGCGUCAAGCCGGCUGUGUGCUCGCUGCUGCCCCGGGAGGCCAACUGCGAGGGCUUCAUCGAGGAGGCCGUGCGCUACCACAACAGCCUGGCGGCCCAGCCGGUCAUGCAGACCAAGCGCACGGCGCUCCGCACCAACGAGGAGCGCCUGCUGUUCGUGGGCGGCGAGGUCUCCGAGCGGUGUCUGGAGCUCAGCGAUGACACCUGCUACCUGGACGCCAAGAGCGAGCAGUGGGUCAAGGAGACACCCCUGCCGGCCCGACGGAGCCAUCACUGUGUUGCCGUGCUGGGGGGGUUCAUCUUCAUCGCCGGCGGCAGCUUCUCGAGGGACAAUGGAGGGGACGCAGCGUCCAAUCUUCUUUAUAGGUAUGACCCCCGCUGUAAACAGUGGAUCAAGGUGGCCUCCAUGAACCAGCGCCGUGUGGACUUCUACCUUGCCUCCAUCGAAGACAUGCUGGUGGCCGUCGGUGGCCGGAAUGAGAAUGGAGCUCUCUCCUCAGUGGAGACUUACAGUCCCAAGACCGACUCCUGGUCCUACGUGGCCGGCUUGCCGAGGUUCACCUAUGGCCACGCAGGCACCAUCUACAAAGACUUCGUGUACAUCUCGGGGGGCCACGACUACCAGAUCGGCCCCUACCGCAAGAACCUGCUGUGCUACGACCACCGGACGGACGUGUGGGAGGAGCGCCGGCCCAUGACCACCGCGCGGGGCUGGCACAGCAUGUGCAGCCUGGAGGACCGCAUCUACUCCAUCGGGGGCAGUGACGACAGCGUGGAGUCCAUGGAGCGCUUCGACGUGCUGGGCGUGGAGGCCUACAGCCCGCAGUGCAACCAGUGGACCCGCGUGGCCCCGCUGCUGCACGCCAACAGCGAGUCGGGCGUGGCUGUGUGGGAGGGCCGCAUUUACAUCCUGGGCGGCUACAGCUGGGAGAACACGGCCUUCUCCAAGACGGUCCAGGUGUAUGACCACGAGAAGGACAAGUGGAGCAAAGGCACCGACCUGCCCAAGGCCAUCGCCGGCGUGUCCGCCUGCGUCUGCGCCCUGAAGCCACGGCUGGAGGACAAGAAGAAGAAGGGCAAGGCCAAGAGGCACCAGGACCGGGGCCAGUGACGCCACCGUGCCUGCUGGGACCUGGUCCCCACCGCCACCUCCCAGAGUGUCCGUAGGCCAGCAACGACUUCCUAGAACCCUGGAACCAUGAUGUAUCACUUAGCAGCUUUUUUUACUUUUAUGAUUCUUAGUAUUUCUAUACUAUCACCGUAAUCGAUUAAAUAUUCUACGUAACUUUA